AUGAAUAUUCAUUUUGCAUUAAUGUUUUUCUCAAUUCUUUUCUCUUUUUCAAUCUCACAAGAAAUCGAGAAACAACUUGAUGUUUCUAUGACCGCAAAAUGGGAAAAGACCAAAUUAAUAGCAGAAUCUCUCUGUUUUUUCGGCGAAUUUAAGAAAGAUCAAUAUCAAUGUGCCGUAAAUCAAAUAAAUUCUUUAGAAAAGUUUUCAGAUUCAAUAGAAGAAAAUAUUCAGAGCUUUAAACCAUGUUUGUCAGAAUCAGAUCAAAAAUUUUUACAAUUUAAUCUUCAAUAUCAUGUAUUUUCUCCAAGAAUUGCAUUUUAUUCAACAAUAAAAGAUAAUUUUACAACUGAAACAUUCGAUUUUGAACCAAAUCACAAAAAUAUUAAAUAUAUUGACUUCAAUUCUCCGGUCAAAUUACCAGAAAAUACUAUUAUUCGACCAAUUACAAAGUUAAAUCCCGAUAAGAACCCACAAAUCCUCAAUGGAUAUGGCGUGGAAUUGCGACCAUUUAAAUAUUCAAUGGAAUAUGGCGUAAAAGAUCCAUCUCAGCUACAAAAGGGUUCACUUAGCAUUUUAAAUGACGAAUCAUAUGAAUAUAUUAAGAAAUUCGAAGAAUCUGAAGAAGUAACUUUUGAUAAUUUAGUUUACAAGCAUUUAGAAUCAUAUAUCAUGAACUCUGAAGAUCCUCUCAAAGAAUUGAAGGAAGUUGUUGAAAACUGGCCAAUUGCGAUGAAAAAAGUUUAUCAAUCUAAAAUUGAUGAGAAUUCUCAAGAGGAAGAGAUUUCAGAAAGUGUCAUGACACUUAAUGGACGAGUAAUUCCUUUCGAAACAUUCGAUCCUUUCACAUUUUCCUCACAAAUUUUUGAAAUUCAAAAAAUUCAAAAAAUUUUAACAGAAAAAUUUGGCCUCACACCUAAAAAAGCGAACAUUCUAAUGGAAACAGAAACACGUAAAAGCAAUCUUGUCAUUGAUGUUCGCGGAGAUCACAUUAUUUGGCUAAAUAACCUCGAAACAGACAAAAGAUACUCAAAGUACUCGAGAAAAAUCGAUUCAUUGUUUGGAAAACUUACAGAACCGCCGAAAGUUCGUCAUAAUUUGGUAAAUAUGGUUUUAUUUAUCGAUCCAUCUUCGUCAAAAGACAUGAAAUUGUUACUAGAGGUUCAUAAGUUACUUGAAAAAGGAUAUGCCAUGAGAGUUGGCCUCUCUCCGUUACACAGAAACAAUAAUGAGAAUCAAAUUAAAGCUCUCUAUGAUAUUUUUACAAAUUACAACCCAUUUAAGUAUGUUUCAUUACUUGUUAAAGGUGAUUCCAUCAAGAGCGCCUAUGAAAAGACUACUAAAAAGGAAUAUUCCGAAGAUUUUUCUGAAGAAUCCGAAGAAUACAUAAGUUUGAUCGAUAGUUUCUGCGAGGCAUCAAAUAUCAAUGAAACUGCCAUAUGGACAAAUGGUGAUUUGUACACAGGAAAUGACUUAGAAGACAAAAUUUCUAUUUCACCAUUAGAAACUUUACAAAUACUCAGAAAUUUAUUGAUGGAAAAUGAAAUUUCCGGAGAUUAUUUGUCUUUUAUCUUGAGGAAGAGACAUGCAGUUAAAAGACUCAUUCCAGAAAUAUCAAAAAUCAGACCAAUUUCAACAAAAAUUUCCCAAGAAAAAAUUGAAAAAAUUGAAGAGUUUAUUCAAUUUUCAAAAAGUAUCAAUUAUCAAAAACGUGACGAAGAAAAAUCGUUAGUUACAUGUUGGCUUAAAAUCUACAAUAACAAAGCGAGCAUUGAAGAAAAAAUUGAUGAAUUCUUCAAAUCAAGACAUCAAAGUUCAGUUCGAUUAAGUUUUGUUUCAGAAUUUCCUUCUUUAGUUGAACAAGAGAUUUUGAACAAAAACAACGAUGCAGUUUUAUUUUUGAAUGGAAGAAUCUUCUAUUUCAACGAGUCAUUUGAGUAUUUCGAUGACUUAUUCUCAUGGCAGUCUCUUCUAUCAUCACAACUCUCUGAAACAAUUGAAGAUGAAGAUCUUCUGAUGUUUUGGUCAUCGUAUUUGUUGUCUUUGAAUGAAAGAGAAAUAGAAAUCAAACAUUUCCAUCCAAAUGAGUUCAAUCCUGAUGAAAAAUUCGCUUUAAACAUCGACGGAGAAUUGAAAUCAUUGGAAGUAAAAUGUGUAAUUGAUCCAUUCACGAAAAAUGGUCAGAAAAUUAUCGGUUUUCUUUGUCACUUUUCUGAUUUAUCGUUUGGCAGAAUUUCACUUCACAUCUGUCCAUCAACACGUGAUUUGAAGAUACCAAAGAGUUAUUAUAGGUAUGUUACAGACGAAAGAGCACUUUUGUCAUCAUUUAACAACUCAAUGAUUUAUUCAAUUUUGUUAGAAACUCCCGAAACAUGGAUGGUCGAACAAAACAGAGUUGAUUGCGAUGUUGACAAUGUUUUAGGAAGUGAUUUGCAAAAUGGUUAUAGAUAUCAGUUCGAAUACGUCCUUUCUUAUCUGGUUGUAGAAGGAUUUUCUUAUGAUUUGCAAAAUAAUCCGUCAGAAAAUGUUCAAAUUAAAUCUUUUGAAUCAGAUACGACGGUUAUGUCAAAUAACGGAUAUUUCCAGUUAAAGACGACAUUUCCAACUAUAUUAGAUAUAAGUUUGUUCUCUGAUUUUUCGAAAGGAAACUUCGAAAUAAUGUCAGGAAACAAAAUUGUUUUCGAUUCUUUUAAUUGGAGACAUUUUUCAGUCAGAAUUCAGAGAAAAACAUCAAAAAUUCAAAGAUUUCCAUACGUAGAUGAUGGAAAAAUCCAUGUAUUUGGUGUUUGUUCGGGCAGAUUGUACGAAAGAUUGAUGAAAAUCAUGAUUUUGAGUGUGAAACAAAACAGUCAAAAUUCAACAACGAAAUUUUGGCUACUUAAAAAUUAUUUGUCUCCAAAAUUCAGAUCAGAACUUCAAAAGAUGUCAUUGGAGAUUGGCUUUGAAUACGAGCUUGUUAGUUAUCAUUGGCCGCAUUUCAUUACGAGACAAGAAGAGAAACAAAGAGUUAUUUGGGGAAACAAAAUUUUGUUUUUGGAUGUUUUGUUCCCUGCUUCUCUUCACAAAGUUAUUUAUAUCGAUGCAGACCAAGUUGUUAGAACAAACAUGAGGGAACUAAUGACAAUGGAUUUGCAUAACAAUCCUUAUGGAUUUACUCCAAUGUGUGACAGCAGAAAAGAAACAGAACCAUUCAGAUUUUGGCAUCAAGGAUAUUGGAAAGAACAUUUACAAGGAAAGAAAUAUCAUAUUUCUGCUUUGUUCGUAACUGAUUUGCAGAGAUUUAGAGAGAUGAAAGCUGGUGAAUUGUUGAGAGAUUAUUAUAAUUCAUUGGUCUUGGAUGACCAAAGUUUGGCGAAUUUGGACCAGGAUUUGCCAAAUUACGCUCAGGAAAGAAUUGGAAUUUACUCAUUAAACCAGGAAUGGCUGUGGUGUGAAACAUGGUGUAGUGAUGAAACAAUGGAUAAAGCGAAAACAAUCGAUUUGUGCAACAAUCCAUUGACUAAAGCUCCAAAACUGAAGAUUGCAAAGGAAAGAAUUAAAGAAUGGCCUGGAUUGGAUAAACUUGCAAGUACUUUUGAAGAAAAGCAAGAAAAGAAUGAUGAACUUUGA